AUGACGAUCAAGGCUGUUGUGGUUCUUACCGGCUCCGAGGGUGUCAAUGGCACUGUCACCUUUGAGCAGCUCGAAUCUGGCUCGACUGUGGUGAACGGCAAGAUCACUGGCCUCAAGCCCGGGCUUCACGGAUUUCACGUGCACGCCCUGGGUGACACCACGAACGGCUGCAUGUCCACAGGCCCGCACUUCAAUCCGGCGAACAAAACUCACGGAGCUCCGGAAGACGAGGAGAGGCAUGCGGGAGACCUUGGGAAUGUCGUUGCUGAUGAGGCUGGGGUUGCGGAGUUCACCAUUACAGAUUCUCAGAUCCCUCUGUCUGGCCCGAACUCCAUUAUUGGCCGUGCUGUUGUCGUGCAUGCUGACAUCGACGACCUUGGAAAGGGUGGUCACGAGCUCAGCAAAACCACUGGGAAUGCUGGAGGCAGGCUUGCAUGCGGUAAGCUUACCACUAGCACAUCCAACUUCAUGUGGUUCCCAUAUGAAACCGUGGCUAUCCUAGUUGACCAAUCAUCAUGCGCGAACACGUCCGUGAUCCGCGUUCGCAGUAGCAUGAAGACGGAAUCUUCCAACGUUUCAAGGGGUCCCUCAUCUGUUGUUGCCAAGAUGGCAGUCCCCGCCGUGCUUGCCGCUCUCCUCGCCAUGCCCCUCUCCCCAGCAGCCGCGUCGGCACCAGGAAUUAACGCCGUCGCCGUACUGACGGGGAGCUCCGGGGUUUCCGGGACUGUCACAUUCUCGCAGGAGGGAUCAGGCCCCACGGAAGUGAGUGCGACCGUGGCAGGCCUGACACCAGGCCUGCACGGCUUCCACGUGCACAAGCUGGGGGACCUCUCCAACGGCUGCAUGUCCACUGGCCCGCACUUCAAUCCGGCGGGCAAGACCCAUGGAGCACCAGGGGAUAGUGAGAGGCACGCAGGGGACCUUGGAAACCUGGUGGCAAAUGAGUCUGGUGUGGCAACUGUGUCUCUGACUGACCUCCAGAUUCCUCUCUCGGGCCCCAACUCUGUCCUGGGCCGUGCUGUUGUCGUGCAUGCUGAUGCGGAUGACCUGGGCAAGGGUGGUGUUGAGCUGAGCAAGGCCACAGGCAAUGCUGGUGGCAGGGUGGCAUGUGGUGUGAUUGGAUUGUCGGCAAACUAG